GUUUGCGCUCUCACAUGAAAGCAGGAGCUAACGGAGGAGGAUUAAAGUAUAACAUUUACGACCAAACUCUGACCUGCGACUUUAAACGGCAUGAGAUACAGCCGACGGCUUCUCCACCGUGCGCGUUUCUCCACACAGGCACACGCUGAAGCUGAGCUAUGAGGUUGUCAGCUGCUGGAUCUGCGGAUGAGAUUAACCUGCAAGCGGAGAGAUAAAGGUGUGACAGCAGCUGAGGACAGCAAGGGGUUCCAACUCACGACAGCCUGCAUCGAUUCCAUUUUCUACGUGUGUGUCUGGUUUUGUAUGAGUGAGUGGCAUAGCAGCUGGAGUUUGUAACGUGAUGCCAAGAUGCUGCUGUCUCUGGGAAUGCUGAUGUUGUCGGCUACGCAGAUUUACACCAUCUUCACUGUUCAGCUCUUCGCUUUCCUCAACCUCCUGCCCGUAGAGGCUGACAUUGCUGCUUACUCAUUCGACAACAAAACAGAGAACUUUGAUGACCUACCUGCACGCUUUGGCUACAGGCUCCCCAGUGAUGGACUGAAAGGCUUCCUGAUUGGCGCUCGACCAGAAAAUGCAUGCGAGCCCAUUGAACCUCCCCCGAGGGACAACCUGACGGGCGCCUUCAUCGUCAUCAUCAAGCGAUUUGAGUGCAACUUUGACAUCAAGGUCCUCAAUGCCCAGAAAGCCGGCUACAAGGCAGCCAUUGUGCACAAUGUGGACUCCGAUGACUUAAUCAGCAUGGGAUCCAACGAUGUGGAUGUUAUGAAGCAGAUCAUUAUUCCUUCCGUCUUUGUAAGUGAGGAGACUGCCAAUUCUCUAAAAGACGACUACAUGUAUGACAAAGGGGGACAUGUGGUGCUCAUGCCUGACUUCAGCCUGCCACUGGAAUACUACCUGAUCCCCUUCCUCAUCAUUGUGGGAAUCUGCCUCAUCCUCAUUGUUGUGUUUAUGAUCACCAAGUUCAUCCAGGAUCGACACAGAGCUCGGAGGAGCCGUCUGCGCAAAGACCAGCUGAAGAAACUUCCAAUCCACAAGUUCAAGAAAGGAGACAGCUACGAUGUGUGCGCCAUCUGCCUGGAUGAAUACCAAGAGGGAGAGAAACUCAGAGUCCUGCCAUGUUCUCAUGCCUACCACAGUAAGUGUGUGGACCCCUGGCUGACCAAGACUAAGAAGACCUGCCCCGUGUGCAAGCAGAAGGUGGUCCCCUCGCAGGGCGAGUCCGACUCCGACUCAGAGGAGGGGGACAGCGGUCCCGAUGACACGGAAGCCGUUUCGGAGAGCACCCCGCUCCUGCGCUCUCUGGCCUCCACCAGUGCCCACUCCUUCGGCACCAUGUCUGCGGGGUCGCGCUCGGAGCAGGACCCGGACUCCUCCGAGUACGACGACGAGGAGCUGGAGAGCAGCGACAGCGAGGAGGAGGUUACCGUGGAGACUGUGGUGGUGCAGAUGCAGCAGCCCUGCUCAGAAAGCCACUCCCACGAACAGGAUCUGCCCCGAGCUUGACCGACAGACCCGAUUGGCCUCCUCUCCCCAACUUCACCACGAAACCUUGCAGCGGCAAAGACUCCAGUUGGGAUGACAGAAACUUUCAUGCUCUGAGUUUUUCUGUUGCUUAAAAUACAUCGUAAUUUAAUGCUCCAUGCAAGGUCAGAUAUGUUUUCAUUUUCAUGUAUGUGACAAGAAAUUAGUUUUUGCUUUGCAGAUGUGACAGAUGACUGAUGUACAGCGUACUGUUUCCUCUCGAAAAGAUGACACACACACACACACAAACGAUCCGAGACACACUGAUCACUUUAACAAAGUCCAAUAAAGUACUAUGUAAAUAUACAAUACAGUUUGAAAUAAGUUACAUCUUAACCUUUAUCUUCUACUAUACAUGUACAUACAAAUUUAUGCCUUGUUUACACAACUCCAACCGCUAUGCAGCAUCCCUCUUAAAAUAAGGAAUUAUUCAGUAUCACGGAAGCCGUGGCAAUAUCUGUUUUUCUGUAUGUCGGAUGUUUGAAGGAGUUGCGGCGCUCCGGCGUUUUGUGCCACAGUUAAUCUGUUACAAUGAUUAACGUUAUGAUAGAGGCCGAAGCCAAACCA